GGCUGCUGUUGCCUUGAAAAGAAGCCUGCAUAAUUAUGACUCCAUAAAAUGCACAAUUAUAAAUUUGUAUUUUCAGGUAAAAUGUUUCUUUUUAAUGUGAUGAGGCAAGAAGAACCACCUUAGGUGAUUUCUGAUGAAUAUUAGCAUGCAACUUGAGGAGGAUGCAGACUGAACGCAGGGUACUUUUUCUAAACUAAAUGUUUGUGCAAUUUAGCUAAUAAUCUACAUUAAUUCAAAGAGAGACAAGACUAGAUCAAGCUAAAGACCAGAGAAAUAAAAUGCCAUUAAUGAAGCUCUGCUAAAAGACAGCAUGUUCAUAUUUGCCAAAAAGAUAAUUGAUCCGUACUUCAUGAAGUGUGAAGGCACUGGAGCAGCAAUUUAAAGUGCAAUGAGAAUCAAUUCUUUCUAGUGGCUUUGUUCCUUGAAGUUAAUAAUAUGCGAGACAAUAUUUCAUAAAAUAUUUUUCAAAUAUUCAAAUGAGCUUGCCUGAAACCAGGAAUUGCAGUUGCCAUAGCCAGUGUAUUUCCCUUGGUUAAACAGUUUGCCCCUUAUCCAGUCAAAACUGAUCUAUGUUGUUCGUUCAGAAACUUCAUUUCCCAAUAAUGUUUAGUAAAAAAUAAAGCGUAGUAAAUAUGCUGUUUUAUUUUCUGAAUGCUUCCAAAAGAGAUUAAGGAACACAUUGUUACCAUGCUGAAAUGACACAGAAGUACUGAGUGAAAAAUUAUUUCAGUUUUGUUGUGAUCAAAAAAGACAUGGGGAUUGUAUCCUUGCUCACAAGUAAGUGAAGCUAGGUUUGCUUUGCGUAGUCUCUUGCAUGCCACCGUCUCUUGCUAAGCUGCUUUAAAACAUCAGACUACUUUUGUUCAGUUUUCAAUGUAGUUCACACACAUAUUUCAAUAUACUUUUUGCAGUCUCAAUGAAAGCAGUAACUCCUUGGUGCAGAGACAGAAUGGUCAAUAUGUUUGUCCUCUCCUCUGUGUUGGGAUAUAUAAAAAUAGCACUGUCUGUCCCAGUAGCAGAUGACAAACAGGCCUAUGUGUAGAUAAAAGUCUUAAAGCAAUAUGCUUUAAAGUGCUGUGAAGGUAGGAAAAUGCACUAGUGAAAGACCACAUGCACUUUUCCUCUUCAGUUUGAUGUGGUGCUUGAUGUGGUGUCUGGAUCCCCUCUGACUGCUCUGAAGAAAAUUCUGGAAAAACAAUAAGUAUCUCUUCAAGAAAAUACAUCUUUCUAAAGCUGUAAUGUAUAAAGCUAUAGUAAGGCCAAUGGAGAUCCAAGCAUCGCAUGCACUGAUGAAGAUUUGUGUGAGAGCUGCUAUAAUCUGGAUUGUAUCCAUGUUGCUUGCCAUCCCUGAAGCAGUAUUUUCAGAUCUGCACCCUUUCCAUGACAAAGGGACUAAUAAAACCUUUAUCAGCUGCGCUCCUUACCCUCAUUCAGAUGGGCUGCAUCCCAAAAUUCACUCAAUGGCUUCAUUUCUCAUAUUUUAUAUUAUUCCCCUAUCUGUAAUUUCAGUAUAUUAUUAUUUUAUUGCUAAGAAUUUGAUCCGGAGUGCUUACAACAUCCCCGUGGAAGGAAAUGUGCAUGUGAGGAAACAGAUUGAGUCCCGUAAGCGCCUGGCCAGGACCGUGCUGGUCUUCGUGUGCCUCUUCGCCUUCUGCUGGCUGCCCACUCACAUCAUCUACUUAUACCGUUCCUACCACUACUCCGAGGUGGACACCUCAGUGCUGCAUUUCAUUGCCAGCAUCUGUGCUCGGAUCCUGGCCUUCACUAACUCUUGUGUCAACCCCUUCGCUCUCUACUUGCUCAGCAAGAGCUUUCGGAAGCAGUUCAACAACCAGCUGCUGUGCUGCAGAGCCCGCCUCCUCAUCCGCUCCCACAGCAUGGCCAGGAGCACCACACGAAUGACCUCCCUCAAGAGCACCAACCACUCCCUGGCCACCUUCAGCCUGAUCAAUGGCAACCACAUCUGCCACGAGGGCUGUGUCUAAAGGGGACAUCAAUUGCUGAGCAUGGCUGCUGGACUUUGCUCCAUGGGCAUGGUGAGCAGCGCACACACGGAUGCACACGCACAUGCAAGGAGGUGUGGUGUGCUCAGAGAGCUCAGAGGAGCUUGAAGCAAUCAACAUUUCAUCUUGGGCUGAGCCUGAAACAUCCAGCAUUUCAUCCUGGACUGAGGCAUCGCCAGAGCAGCAGAUCAUUGAGCACCAGCCCACAGGAUCUCCCUGGGAAGUGCUGCUGUGCUUUCAAUGAGAGCAAAAUGAGCACCUUAAGAUCAAAUCUUUUUUGGCUCUGCAGACUCUUCAUCACUUCCUUCUCAAUCCCGAACUUAUGCAGACUUGCAGCAGUGAUAAAGACCAUAUCAGGUGCACACAAUUUGUCAGAACAGUUGCAUCCAUCACUUCAUGGUGUAAUGUAUUUUGACAUAGAAAUAAAUUCAUUUAAAUAAGGUAAAUACUUUUACAAAGGAGUUCAACGUAGGUCAUUUACAGACUUUUCAAGUAUUUAUUAAUGUCCUCAGUACAGUGUUAAUUCAUGGUCUAAAAGAUAUCAAGAGUUUACUGGGGCAUGUCUGUGGCCCCAUCUGAAAUGAGCAGUAUCUUGCACCACCUCAAUGUGAAAGCAGUGAAUAAAUGUGAGUUGGAAUAUGUUUACAGCUUUCAACUGUGUGAGCUUUUGCCAUGUUGUGGAAGAGACAGCAGGGCAAUUUCCAAGCAUUACUGUUUUGUUCUUCUGUCCUCAAAGGUGUGAGAUAAUGAAAGUUCCAUCACCUAAGUGGUACCACAAAAUGUGAGUCGGGUCUAACUAAGGGCAGGCAGUAGCAGAAACUGAUGUACAGCUAUUUUUCCUGUAGUAGUGCUUUGUAAAACACUAGUUUUUCAGCAAAAGCUGUCAGCAAUGUUAAGGUGUGAUCUCCAGCCUACGUUUUUUCCUACUGUCUUCAUAGAAAUCUGUGGAAGACAGAGUGCCAAAACUGGCUGUCAGAUUGGAGAAACAGGUCUACUGUAAAGUUUGCCCCAGAACAAUUCUGUUCCAGAUACCAUCUAUUCUGGAACAGGAGCACAGUGUCCUGCAGAUGACAAACUCCUGAAGCGCCUGGGCUAUAAGAUAUUCAAUGAAGCUGCACACCUGAUAAAUAAAACUGCUGUCAAAUGAGACCAUAAACCAACCACUGUAGCAGAAUAUUGGGUUCUUAAUGGUCCUUAUCCUCUUUGAUGAUGAUCCUUUUCAUUACCACACCGAAAGAUAAUUAAAGCUGGUAAAACUUUACCUGGGUUUGCUCUGUGUUUGUAGAAAAACUCAUGUGUGCAGUGUAAAAGCUCUCAGCCCUGUGUCUGCAGCUGCUUUGGGAUGCUGCUGGGAUCUGCUGUCUCCAAGGACUCGAACAGGCUCUGAUGCCAAAGGCAGAGCUCUGAAAGCUUCACCUCAUUUUCCUUUUGUGCUCCGGACGAGGCUGGACACACAGGUACGUGAGCUCAGGAUGGGGCCACACCACUGUGCUGCUAAGGGUGACACUGCCCUGCUCCCCCACCAGCCCUGGGCACUGCCACCUGUGUGUCACCCCCUCCUGCAGUCAUAAGUGCCCCCACAUCCCAGUCAGGCUGAAAACUAACGGGACAAGGUUAUUUUACAGAUGAGUCAAUUCCCUUGCUUAGCUGACUGUGUCACUAUGAUGUUAAUUUCAAUUUACUGAGCUAUCUGAGGUCCUCCCUUCCUAAAAUUUUCAGUGCUUUGCCUAGU